CCUGGAGAGACACCUGAUCAACCACUUCAUCUGGCGCCCUCCACCCAAACAAUUACAAUGUCUUGCUGGAUGUCACUGGUUUGUGCGUUAGCAUUUUCCGCAGCGUGCAUAAAUGGGCAAAUUACACUAAAUCAGCCGGCUUCAAAAUCCACGUCUCCGGGGCAAAACGCGCUAAUUUCCUGUAUCUUGACUGGCGGCAGUUUAAGUAGUAAUUAUGUUUACUGGUACCAGCAGAUUCCCGGAGCGGUUCCGCGGUUUCUGUUCUACUAUAACUCGGGCAACAGCAUUGUUAGAGGCUCGGGAGUUUCUGACCGUUUCGCGGGAUCAGUGUCAGGCAACACUGCAACAUUGACAAUAGCGAAUGUGCAGUUGCGGGACGCUGCGGACUACCACUGUGCUGUGUGGAUAAGUGCUUUCAUCUUCGGCAAAGGAACGAGGCUGGGUAUUGGCACACCUCGCGCCCCCGCAAUGUCCGUCCUCGGACCUUCAGCGGAAGAAAUCAAGGGAAAGGGCACGGCCACCCUGGUGUGUUUGGUGAGCGGGUUUAAUCCGGGUGCAGUGGACAUUGAGUGGACCGUGGACGGCAGUGCGAGAAGUGACGGCGUUGAGACCAGCCCAAUCCAGCAGGAGAAGGACAACACGUUCAGUGCGAGCAGUUACCUGACUCUGCCAGUCACAGUAUGGAACUCAAACGAUCUUUACUCCUGUGUGGUUAAACACGAAACCCACGCUAUCCCGCUUAAGGCAGACAUCACCAGAACCGGCUGUAUCUAAAACUCCUCAAUUCCACCUAAUGGAGAUGAAGUGAUAUAUUUUCUUUCUUUAUUUGUGAGAAAUUGGUUUGGGCAUAUUGUUUGUUUUUCGACCAGUCUUUGCGUUUAAAAUCGUCGUUUGUCUUGCCAAUUGUGAACGCCAUUCCAUUAAAGCAAUCAAAUAGUUAA